GUCAUAUGUCGGUGGUGCUGUAUCAGCAGCAGUCCGGUUUGAGGAUGAUGACUUGUUCAUUGAGAACAAAAGGUUUAACCCUAAAUACUGAACCGUUCUGUUCUGCUGUUAGCCUUCUCAUUUCUUCACGGAACCGGAGAGAUACUCCCUGAACAGGCCGCAAUCUCAUUCCACCACUGAGCUCUGACUGCGAUCUUCACCCUCGUUAUGAGGGGACGUGUGAAAGUCCAGCUGUAGAAGUGUGUGCAUGUUUUGUCUGACGUGUGACAGCUCCAUGGCGUUUUUUUGCCUCCAUGUUAAAAUGUCCUGAGCAGCUGUGUCUGUGUCUGACCUGAGUCGUGACCCCUGACUCCUGGUGGUUGUGUGUGAGCUUGUAUUCGUAAGGUUUGAGUAAACAGAGACUGGAGGAAUGUCGCGGGCGAACAUGGCCGUAAACAGUGAGGUGGGUGACUGGGGGUACAGUGAAGAUGCCGGUGAGAGGGCGUGGCUUUUACAGAGCCCCAGUGUGGACUCCAUUCAGGCUCCUGGCCAAUCACAGCAGCACAGGGGCGGGACUUCAGCGUUUGGGGCCGUGUUUAUAGUUGUGAAUGCUGCUUUGGGGGCGGGGCUUCUCAACUUCCCUGCCGCGUUCGGUAUGGCUGGAGGAGUGACGGCCGGAGUGGUGCUACAAAUGUGCAUGUUGUUCUUCAUCAUCACUGGCUUGGUGAUCCUGGCUUACUGUUCUCAGGUUAGCAAUGAGAGCACGUAUCAGGAGGUAGUGCGUGCGGUGUGUGGGAAGGUCCUGGGUGUUAUAUGCGAGAUCGCCAUCGCUGUCUACACCUUCGGCACCUGCAUAGCCUUCCUCAUCAUCAUCGGAGAUCAGCUGGACAAGCUGAUUGGAGCAAUGGCCCACGAGUCUGAGGGAGCAGUGAGCUCUCAUUGGUUCACAGACCGCAGGUUCACCAUCACGGUCACCUCCGUGCUCGUCAUUCUGCCGCUAUCCAUCCCCAAAGAGAUCGGCUUCCAGAAAUACGCCAGCAUGUUGAGUGUGAUUGGCACCUGGUACGUGACAAUCAUCGUCAUCAUCAAAUACAUCUGGCCUGACAAAGAGGUUUCCCCUGGAAAUAUUCCAACCAGUCCUGCAUCCUGGACUGAUGUUUUCAAUGCCAUGCCCACAAUCUGCUUUGGCUUCCAGUGUCAUGUCAGCAGCGUUCCAGUGUUUAACAGUAUGAAGAAAGCGGAGAUUCGGCCGUGGGGAGGUGUGGUCACGGUCAGCAUGAUCAUCUGCCUCUUCGUCUACACAGGCACAGGUGUGUGUGGUUUCCUGUCAUUUGGUUCAAAUGUCAGUCAGGACGUCCUGAUGUCGUAUCCAUCGAACGACAUUGCUGUGGCCAUCGCCAGAGCUUUCAUCAUCAUCUGCGUAGUCACUUCCUAUCCCAUACUGCACUUCUGUGGAAGGGCGGUGGUGGAGGGUCUGUGGCUGCGGUUUAAAGGUGAGGAGGUGGACACAGAUGUGGCUAGAGAACGCAGACGGCGGCUGCUACAGACACUCGUCUGGUUCUGUUUAACGCUCCUCCUCGCUCUCUUCAUCCCCGACAUUGGCCGAGUCAUAUCACUCAUCGGGGGCCUCGCCGCCUGCUUCAUCUUCGUCUUUCCAGGUUUGUGUUUAAUUCGGGCCAAACUCUCAGAACAUGAUGUCCACACAGCCAGCUGGAAGAUGCUGGUGGCUUAUGGGGUCAUCAUGGUUACAAUCGGAGCUUUCAUCUUUGGCCAGACCACCACAAACGCCAUCUACCAAGACAUCAUCAACCACUCAGACAGCUAAUGGAUGGACAGUCGUGGUCACUGACAUGUUGAAAAGCUCAAAGCACUCACAGACUCUCUGCGAGUUAAGGCACAGACUUGUAAUCAGCAAUUGUAAAAAGACACUCAGUAUAAAAACAAGCUCCUACAUUUAUACCUCCUUAAAAAGGCCAGGAUCUACUCAGCAU